CCCCUCUUUGCUUUGAGUCUGAUUAUUGGUCUGUCUGGUCUCCAGCUCUUUGGUUGUCUGGUUCAGUCGAGCAGUGAUCUUCCAGACAUCUCCAGGGACUGCAGCCCGUGGUCUGAGGAGGAGUCAUGGGGCUGGUACGGGCCUACCCAUUAGCCCUGCCUGUGCUGGCUGUUCUGGGCCUCAUUAUCAGCGCAUGGAGCCUCAACCCAGAUGACCCUAAUGUCUGCAGUCACUGGGAAAGCUACGCAGUGACAGUUCAAGAGUCCUACGCUCAUCCUUUUGACCAGAUCUACUACACCAGAUGCACCGACAUCCUCAAUUGGUUUAAAUGCACCAGACACAGAACCAGCUACAAGACAGCUUAUCGGCGUGGGGUGAGGACCAUGUACCGUCGCCGAUCACAGUGCUGUCCUGGCUACUUUGAGAGUGGAGACUUGUGUGUCCCACGAUGUACCGAAGAGUGUGCCCAUGGUCGGUGUGUGUCUCCUGAUACGUGUCAGUGUGAGCCAGGCUGGGGAGGACUGGACUGCUCUAGUGGUUGUGAAAGUGGCCACUGGGGUCCCCACUGCAGCAACCGCUGUCAGUGUAAGAAUGGGGCACUGUGUAACCCCAUCACAGGAGCCUGUGUCUGCACAGACGGCUACCAAGGCUGGCGCUGUGAGGAUCAAUGUGAGCCUGGCUACUAUGGAAAAGGCUGCCAGCUGCAAUGCCAAUGCCUCAACGGUGCCACCUGCCACCACGAGACAGGGGAAUGCAUAUGUGCACCAGGCUACAUGGGCCCCAUCUGUGGAGAGCGCUGUCCCUCUGGAAGUCAUGGCCCACAGUGCGAGCAGCGCUGCCCCUGUCAAAACGGAGGAACCUGCCAUCACAUCACUGGAGAAUGCUCCUGCCCUGCUGGAUGGACGGGGUCUGUGUGUGCCCAGCCAUGCCCAUUCGGCAAAUAUGGGAUCAAUUGCAGCAAGGAAUGCUCAUGCCGCAACAGAGGACUGUGUGACCACAUCACAGGACAGUGCCAGUGUAUGGCUGGAUACAGUGGCCACAGGUGCCAGGAAGAGUGUCCGGUCGGCACCUACGGACCCCAGUGCGCCCUCCACUGUGACUGUCAGAAUGGGGCCAAGUGUUACCACAUCAACGGAGCAUGUUUGUGUGAUACAGGAUUCAAAGGGCCUCACUGCCAGGACAGGUUCUGUCCACCAGGCCUAUACGGUCUCAUCUGUGACAAAUACUGCCCCUGUAACUCCACUAACACACUCAGCUGCCACCCCCUGACAGGUGAAUGCUCUUGUACAGCAGGAUGGACAGGUCUAUACUGCAAUGAGACCUGUCCCCCGGGUUACUAUGGAGAAGGAUGUAGUGUGCCCUGCCAGUGUGCUAAUGGAGCAGACUGCCACGGUCUCACUGGGGCCUGUAUCUGUGCCCCAGGCUACACAGGUGAUGACUGUUCCCAAACCUGCCCGCCGGGACUAUAUGGUACUAACUGCACUUCCACUUGUUAUUGCCACAACCAGGCGUCCUGCUUACCAAUCGAUGGCUCCUGCAUCUGUAAAGAAGGUUGGCAGGGUGUCGACUGCUCAAUCCUGUGCUCCAGCGGGACGUGGGGUUUGAGCUGUAACCGGACUUGUUUGUGUGCCAAUGGUGCAGCUUGUGACCCAAUCAGUGGCUCCUGUACCUGUUCUUCGGGCUGGAGAGGGGACCGCUGCCAGCUAUCCUGCCCCGAUGGCACAUACGGGCUGGAGUGUCGCGAGCGCUGUGACUGUAACCACGCUGAUGGAUGUGAUCCUGUGAGUGGAUUCUGUCGCUGUCUGCCAGGAUGGACAGGCAUCCACUGUGACAGCAUCUGUCCUCAAGGCUUCUGGGGGCCUAACUGCUCCAUGACCUGCUCGUGCCAAAACGGAGGCUCCUGCUCUCCUGAAGACGGAACCUGCGUGUGCGCUCCUGGCUACCGAGGGACUUCCUGCAAGAGAAUUUGCCCUCCUGGUUUCUAUGGGCACCGCUGCAGCCAGUCAUGCCCUCAGUGUGUGCACAGCACGGGGCCAUGCCACCACAUCACGGGUCACUGUGAGUGCCUUGCCGGCUUCUUCGGCUCACUUUGCAACCAAGUGUGUCCCAGUGGCAAAUUCGGGAAAGCCUGUGCUGAGAUCUGUCUGUGCACUAACAAUGGAACCUGCAAUCCCAUUGACGGCUCCUGCCAGUGCUUCCCAGGUUGGACUGGAGACGACUGUUCACAGAUUUGUCCCAUAGGCCAGUGGGGCCCUGACUGCUUGAACUCAUGUAACUGUCACAACGGAGCCCAAUGUAGUGCCUACGACGGAGAGUGCAGGUGCAGCCUGGGCUGGACCGGCCUCUACUGCACGCAGCGCUGUCCCUCAGGGUUUUAUGGGCGAGACUGUGCAGAGGUGUGCCGCUGUCAAAAUGGAGCUGACUGUGAUCAUAUCACUGGCCAGUGUGCCUGUCGGACUGGCUUUAUUGGGACCAACUGUGAACAGAAGUGUCCUCCCGGGACAUUUGGCUACGGCUGUCAGCAGCUGUGUGAAUGUAUGAACAACGCCACCUGUGACUAUGUGACCGGAACGUGCUACUGCAGCCCGGGAUACAAAGGAAUCCGCUGUGACCAGGCGGCUCUAGUGAUGGAGGAGCUGAACCCCUACACUAAGAUCAGUCCCGCUCUGGGUUCAGAGCGCCAGUCGGCGGGUGCUGUCAUGGGCAUCAUCUUCCUGCUUCUGAUCAUCAUGGCUAUGCUCAGCUUGUUUGUUUGGUUCAGGCAGAGACAGAGAGACAAAGGCCAGGACAUGCCUAGCGUCUCAUACACACCAGCCCUGCGUGUCACCAACACCGACUACUCCCUCUCUGAAACAUCUCAGAGCAGCAGCAGUGGCCAGUGCUUCUCCAACCCCAGCUACCACACUGUGGCGCAGUGCAACAUCUCGUCCUCCAUCACUAACAACCUGGACGGCACUCUCACUCUUAAGAAAGGAGACAGGAACAGUUCAGAAUGGAGAGCGUACUGCAAUCUCAACGACCUGGGUGUAUCAAGAGGAGACACACUUACACUGAGGGACAGCAAAACCACCCGAAUUACCAAAGAUUACAUAAAAGCCUCCAUGUGUAGCUCCAGCUCGUGCUCCCUAAAUAGUGAGAACCCGUACGCCACCAUCCGAGACCCGCCCGGCCUGGCCUGCAAGCACGCUGAAAGCAGCUACGUGGAGAUGAAGUCUCCUGCACACAGAGACCUGACCUUCUGCUCCAGCACUAGCACAACCCUCACCACUGCCAGCAGGAACGUCUAUGACGUGGAACCGACAGUGAGUGUUCUUCAGGGACCCAACGGCCUGGCGACCGGAUUCUCCCAGAGUCCUUACGACCUCCCGCGGAACAGCCACAUUCCUAGCCACUACGACAUCUUGCCCAUGCGCCACAGCCCCACACACACCCCACCCCCUCCAGAGAGCCCCCCAAGCUCCCUGCUGUAGAGCCCAGGCCUGCCCCCAAAACACGGGACGCAAGACUGACAGUUCCCAGACCUCGUUUUUUUUUUACAAUCUCAACCUCUCUCUCUCUCUCUUCUUAUCUCUCUUCCUCUCCAACACACAUUCAAGUACAGAUGCAUGAGUAGAUUAUACUGGACAUGACACAGGUGGAGACCGUAUUCCUCUUUCCGUUGAGAAAUGGACUGUAUACCAGAACAAGAGCUCCAGAUUUGGACACCAGCGAUUAUUCAUCACCCCCUCUCAGAGACUUUUUUUUUUUAAAACAAGCUUUACAUAUAAAAUCAGGAAAUACAAGGGUAGAAAAGCAUUCUUUGCUUAUAGGUCUACGAAAAGACAUUUGGAGGGAAUAAAGGAGCAUUUGAGAGGUUUUCAUGGAAACAUACUCACUAUGUUGAUUCUUAAAGACACUGGAACAGAUAAUCAAUGCGACUCAAUGAUCCAGAACUUUUAAUUUGGAGUUGGCAGUGGUGGUGACCGUGAGGGGGGCAGACCUCUUUUUCACCCUGGAGCGUUUAGUCUGGACCUUAGAGACAAAAGCAUGGUUUAAAAUAAGAAAUAUUAAGAGUUCUUAUUGUGUAAAGACGGUUACCGUUAUGAGGAAAUACCGACCAGGACUUUAUAAUACUGUACAUUCGUCUACCACUCAGAAAUAUUUAUAAAAGUUUAUGAGGAGAGCCUGGGGUCAACAUGAGCUCUGUGAUAAUGCUCAUUUGUGUAACAACCUGGUGCUUUCUAUUGUACAUAGACGUUUAUGACUGUUGCUAUCAGUGUGUACGUCUUAAGAAUUGGAAUUAAGUUGUGAAGCUAUCACGUUUAGUUUUUCUUCUAUGUAUGUUUACAUUUUUAAAACAUCUGUUAGCAGACCUUGAAAGGUAUUAUUUUGUGGUUAUGUAUUUAUGAUGUUUAUUUAUACCUUGUUCGUGCAAGUGAUGUUUUUCUUUAUGGUGUAAAAGUUAAACAUAUUUAAAGGGGGGGGGGGUGGAGUAGCAUGAAAAAAUGAUUCCCAUAGUGACCAAUUAUUUUCAUGUGCUUGUGCUAUUUGUGCACAGUAUUAAUAUAUAAAGUCGACAUUAUAUGUUAGCUCUUAUGACAAAAUAGACUCAUACGUGUCCUAAAAACAGUAUAAAUAGAUUUGGAGACAUGUCGCUUUCCUUGUGUUUCAGUUUGUUUGGUGAUUAUAGCUUUGCAGCUUUGAUUUGAGUGGCUGCGUAACAUCAUAAUAGCAAUAACAUAGUGACAAUCAUUCAUAAAUAAAAGGGGAAAAAACAUUUCAUCAAACCAAUCAUCUCUACAGCUCCGCAGUGUUUCCUCGUGCACUUUUAUGAAUUGUUCAAGAUCGCUCAGUUUAUUUAAUGUUCUUACUGUUUAAUUGC